AUGAACGGGGAUCUCAGCCUAUCCCGGUCCCUGGGAGGCCUGCGAAUAGCCAAUCCGGACGACCCGGCCAUUCAAUCCCCCGAGGACGCAACCACUGGUUCAACGGGACCAAACCCAGCCGGAGCACCGGGCGGUUCGCUAUCAACACCUCCACAAUGCCCAGAUCUCAACCCAAAAGACGACUCGCGCCCGUCUGCCUUCCCUCCAGCACCCAUCGACUCGCCGCCAUCAACAGACCCCCGAUCUCAUCCCUUUCCUGACAUCCACCAGUCAGCGCAGGGCCCAACAACGUACACGGCCUAUUCGACACAAUCCCAUUCGACGCCCGCCUCCCGUCCCCUCUCAUCUCUCUACACGAAUGGGUCAUCCUCCUCCGUCCUCCCCCGUGACAACACCUACCGUAUGCGGACCGAUUCGGGUGCCUCAUCGACUUCCGGCUCGCAGUCGCGGGUCGACCGUGGCGGCUCGACGGCAUUACAAGCAGGAGUUCCCGUGCGCGACAACUCUCACAGUGACCGGUCGUACCGGACAACGCAGAUUCCGCCGAAUGCGUCGGCGGUGAUGUCUCGUCAGUCGUCUCGAGCACAGGCUCACGGCGGAGGAGCGUCCCAGAUCCCUCGGUCCUACACGGAGACUGCCCCGCCAUCCAGCAGCGAAGACUGGUCGGAUCGGGGUGCGGCGGUCGCGGUAAGACAAGAGGUCGAUGCGAAUGGCAAGACCGUCGCUCGCUUCAUCAAGAAGGGGGUGCGGGAUUUUUCCUUUGGGAAUACCCUGGGCGAAGGAUCUUACAGCACGGUCGUCUUCGCGACGGACCGACAGACCUUGAAGGAAUAUGCGAUCAAGAUCCUCGACAAGCGGCACAUAAUCAAGGAGAAGAAGGUCAAGUACGUCAAUAUCGAGAAAGAUACGCUCAACCGUCUCACCGAUCACCCGGGAAUCGUGCGGCUUUAUUACACGUUCCAAGAUGAGCGGUCGCUCUAUUUUGUGCUGGAUCUCUGCAAAGGAGGCGAGCUGCUCGGGGUGCUCAAGCGGAUGAGUACCUUUGACGAAGAAUGCACCCAGUUCUACGGCGCCCAGAUUCUGGACACGAUAGACUAUAUGCACAAGCGUGGAGUGAUCCAUCGGGAUUUGAAGCCGGAGAAUGUUCUGCUUGACAGCCAGAUGUAUGUCAAGAUUACGGAUUUUGGGACAGCCAAGAUUCUCAAGAACACACGACGACCAGAUGAGAAUUCGACGGACAUGCCACUGAUCGACUCGACGGAGAUCCCGGAUGACGAACGGGCCAGCUCCUUUGUCGGGACUGCUGAAUAUGUCAGCCCGGAGCUGUUGACAGACAAAAAUGCGUGCAAGGCAAGCGACCUCUGGGCUUUUGGCUGCAUCAUCUACCAGCUCUUGGCUGGUCGUCCGCCGUUCAAGGCAGGCAAUGAGUACCAAACAUUCCAAAAGAUCGUUGCGCUGGACUAUGAGUUUCCCAUCGGAUUUCCCGCCGUUGCCCGAGACCUUGUUGAGCGUCUUCUCGUGUUGGAUCCGGCUUGCCGUCUGCCGAUCGAGCACAUCAAGAACCAUGAAUUCUUUGCCGACAUCACAUGGGGUGCGGACUUAUGGAAGCGCAAAGCGCCUCGUUUAAAGGCUUAUGUACCGCCUGCACGCGAGCCCAUCAAGCUCAAUGGCGCCGAGGGCGGCGACAACUUCCCUCCAGCCAUCUCCACCGCUCCUAACGGAGCUUCCCCGCCAAGCCAGCUGGACAUCGAAUGGUCACCAGUGUUGAGCAGGUCGAACGAACGGAUUUUGAAACUGGGUAACCUUACGGUGGUAUCUUCCCAUGCAUCCCAUAGUCCGACAUCAAAGAACAGCAGCGGGGAGAUCGAGGCGCCCAAGAAAUUCUCACGUUUCUUUUCGGGAAGCGCAACAAAGAAGAAGCAACGAUUGGUGAUGGUCACAUCGUCGGGACGGAUAAUCCUGGCCGCAUCUGGCGGAGACGAGAAGAAGUCGAAACUGGAGAUCUCUCUUCUUGCCCCGGGGACUCAUUAUCGAAGUACCACAGACUCAAAGGGCUUUUCGUCCUGGAUCGUGGAUACAAGAGAGAAGCAUUAUGUCUUCGAAGACCCCAAACCGUCCUCGAGCAACAUCGGCGCGACCGCAGUCUCCGCACAAGAAUGGCUUGAUGCGCUGGAUAGGGCACGCGAAAUGGCCAUGACGCAACAAAGUUCCGGCCCUUACUCCGCCGACGACGCAUUCCGGGAUAUCUCGUCUGGCUUUUCAAGUCAUACCAACACACUCGACCGCAACUCAGAUCCCCAGACUGAGAGCGGAGCCCACGCUCCACUGCGUAACCAUCUGGUGAAACACCAAGUCGCCGACUCGGAAUCGACCAAGGGCAAGAAGAGGUUCAGCAAGCGCCAUUCCAAGAACGGGCUUGCGGCUGUGUUCUAG